AUGGCUCAACAAAGGACUCAGAUAAGUGAUGACAAGCAGAUCACAUUGAAUGAGAAUGAACGGCUGGCCCUGCAAUCACACCUGGAACAAUGGAACUCCUGCAAAGGUGGAGAAUGCCAUGCAGUACUGAAUGCUGCUGUCAAGGAAGCUCGUCUUCUGGCCCCAAAGAUGGACAAGGAUGCACUGAAGCGUCGCAAAUAUAUGUACAAGCAAUGGUUUUACAAUAAUGGUGCACGCAAGCAGCGCAUUCGGAAGCAUCUCAUCAAGUACGCCCGAAAAUUAGGGAUCCGCACGGGUAAACCCGCGGGUGUCUCGAGGCCAACCCGUACCCGUACCCGCCACGGGUAUGUACCCGUAGACACGGGUACGGGUGCAGACAUAUGCGGAGGACACUGGAGAGCGCCAGAAGAGUGGAAGGAGGGACGAGACAGGAAGAACGAGAUGGAGGGUAGGAUGCAGUGUACGGCGCAAGUGGUAGUAGUAGGGCAUGAGUGGUGGUAG